AUGGACCCCCUCCAGCCCCCGGCCACCCCCUCCGCCGCUCCUCCGCCGUCGGCAACGGCCCCCGCGCCAACACCGGCGCCUGCCCCCACCCCGCGCCUCCCGCCCCCGGCCACCCCGACCGAAGCCGCCGUCGCGGAGAUGGUGGCGGCCACCCACCUUCGGUUCGAUCAUGUCUUCACCGCCGCCCAACCCGUCUCUCCCGCUGUCCUCCGUCAUGCCCGCCCCAGCCGUCCUCAUCCCGGAGGAGGUGUCCGGGACGCUGCGAGACCUAACCAAUGCGGUCCAGGAGAUCCGCCUGUUCUUGGCCGGGUCCUACGGGCCGCACCAGGCUGCACCGCCCAUCACCGGCACCGCGCCGCCGCGGCUACCGUGGCAGCCGCCGCGGCUACCGUGGCAGCCGCCACACCAGGCGGCCCUCGCCGCGCUCGCCGGGCCGCUGCAGCUGCCAUCCAUCGCCCCGUCGUGGCUGCAGUGGCAGCCGCCGCUCCUGGCAGCCCCCACCGCGCUCGCCGGGCUGCUGCAGCUGCCAUCCACCGCCCCGCCCUGGCUGCAGUGGCAGCCGCCGCUCCUGGCGGCCUCCGCCGUGCGCGUCGGGCCGCUGAAGCUGCCAUCCACCGCCCUGCCCUGACUGCAGUGGCAGCCGCCGCUCCUGGUGGCCUCCGCCGCGCCCGGCACUCCGCCGCAGCAGCCGCUGCCACUGCCCGGCGCGACACUACAGCAGCCGCUGCAGCUGCAGUGGCCCCUGCCAGUCAGCUCCGGCCCCGCAUCAACCGCGCCGGCGGGAGUCCCGAUCCACCAGUUCAAGUUCCCGCCAUCGCCAUCACCGCUUUCCCAGGGCAUCCCCAUCCAGCAGAUCAAGUUCCCACCGUCGCCGUCACCACUUCCGGCUUGGAUCGCUACCCACCACGUGUCGGCGGCGGUGAGGCUGCAGGCUGCUGCGCGCGGCCUCCUAGCUCGUCGGCGUGUGCGGGAGAUGCGUGGUCUGCAGCUGCCGCUCCUCCCAGUUGUCCUUCGCUGCGCAAAGGAUCUCGAUCUCGUCCCCACGGACAGCGGCCUCAAAGUUUGUGACAUCGGCGGUUGGGGGGCGCAACCCUCCUCGUCAUUCUCCAUCGCAAGCCCUCCACUCUUCUCUGUGCAGUGCAGACCAACAGCCGUUCGACGGGGAGAAGGCAGGGUGUCACCGACAGGAGCGCACCGCGUCCCAACUACUACAGCCACCUGGUGUCCAUGACCAACAGCCGUCCGGCAGGGAGAAGGCAGGGUGUCACCGACAGGAGCGCACCGCGUCCCAACUACUGCAGUGGCUGGUGUCCAUGGGAUCUAGGUGGUUGUACACGUGCACGUCCGACGUGCGGAUGGUGUCCACUUUUUGUUAAGGGGUCCAAAAUAAAACGUCCCAGUCCAUUUCAGGUUAAGGGUAAUAAAACAAGCCGAGAUGUAAAAGGCUUGUUUUUAGGUGUUAGGUUUGUGUUGCGUCGAUGGUUAUAAGUUGGUUAGGCUGCAGCUCGAGGACAAGCUGCAUGUUCAGGUGGGGUGUAGUGUUAGAGUACGUAAUGGGCCUGGACUGGCGGUAUAGCUCAUUAGUCUUAGGGUUAAUUAGAGAUAAGGGUCGCUUGCUUGAGAGUCAAGUAAACCUCUUUAUAUAAAGAGAGGAGAUGUGUCAAUCUAAUCAAGCAAGAAUUAAGAAGGAAAUCCCUUCCCUCUUGCCCGGCCGUGGGCAAAAAGGCCCCCGGCCGGCCCUCUCGCGCCCUCCUUUUAACAACGCCAUAACAGUGCGAGAACCCCCAGAAUCCACUAACAAUAGCAGAACUUGGUUUCCCACCAAUGCCCUCAACUGAAUGGUCUUAGGAUUAGCAGUGUUUGCAAUUGCAUUUAUUGAGGAAUAAGCUGAAGCUUCUUCCACUGCCUUUUCUUGGGCUACAACGUCUAGCACUGCAUCGGGUAAAUGUGCCGCUUCUUCAGCUAUUUCAAUGGCUUUG